AUGGGAAGCAACGGUGUCAUUGUUGAAGGCUUUGGCCGCAACAGUGGAGAUGAUGAUUGCAUGCUGAACUGUCUGCCAGAAAUGAGAAACGUUUGUUUUGAGCAUUUUAAGCCUUCUCAGGAUAAAAUGUCUUUGGUUCUUCAGCACUCUCGGUCACAUUUCAGUGCACUGGCGGGGCGUGGGAGCUUUGCGGGAUUCUUGAACGUUCCCCUCAUAAGCGACGUCCUAGUGAAGAAAAUAGAAGUGAUGUUUGACGCACCGAAACCUUGUGUAGUUCAACCCCAGAACGACGAGGCUAGUGUCAGUAUCAGUUGGCUUGACGUUGUCAAGGAACGGAAUUAUCAAGCCGAAUACAAAGGGAAUGGGAUUUACCAUUUUCAUAUGCAGGACAGCGGCGUGAUAGUCCAUCUGUCUGCUUUUCAACACAAUAUGAUCCUUUCAGGAUUACCCCGGAAGCUGGUUCAGCCAUGGUCCUACGAAAAGGACGUACAGACGGAAUUAAUCACAUUGGCGCUGGCAGCUGAAAUGACAACACUAUUGAAUGAACUUGCAUCGGAAGUCAUCAAAGUCAACAACACUGUGCUUGAAGAGAUAGUAAGAAGAGACCAAAUUCUCCGUCGCAAUCUGCAGUCAAGCCAAAGAUCGGCGGAUUCGCCUUUUCCCCCUGAAUCAGCCGAGUCCCCAGCAAGCUCUUUGCCAGCACAGGGUGACACUGCUUCGCUCGACGGAAACGCCAUCGAGACUCAGAGCACAGACAUGGAAGCCAGUGCUUCAACACGCGGUGCUAGAGCAACAAGAAAUUUUCCCAAAAAUAGGCUGUGGCCUUCGGAAGUGCUGAAGGAGCUUCCUGAAUGGUUCGAAGACCAAGUACAGAAGGAUCUCUCUCAGGAAGAGAUCACUCAGAAUUUCCAACGGAAAUAUAAGCAAAAACGGACUUUCCAUGCCAUUGAGGCCAAAGUGUAUUACCUGACAGGGAAAAGCCCUUUCAGGAAGCGCGGUAAAAAGACUUCGCGCAAAAUACCCGUGUCUUUGGCACCUCGCUCUUCCCUACCGCUUUCUCAACCCUCUGAAUCAGUGGGCCAGCAAUUGGUCACAAGAUCAAAUAUCGAGGUUCAGGCAUUACAUCUAGCGCCAAACCUGCGACCUUACCUUAUUUCCGAAGGCCGCGAGGAUGGUAAUCUUCACACCCUUCAUGGUGUUCAACCGAUUGAUCCUGAAUCAGGGUACAGCGACUCGCAUACAGUACAUGAACAGGAGACUCCAUGUCAGGGAUCAAGUUGCAUGCGCGAUUAUCAGGAGCAUGUGCUUCAGUCAGAUCAAAGACAAAAUGAAUGCCCAGUUCGAGGAAGCCCUCAGGGUGGAGAGUCACCCAAAGCCCAUGCAGCUUUCUCAGAUCUGGUGCCCGAAAUCCAGCCGAGGAAUGAGAAUUCAAUCAAUGUCCUCGACGCAACAUCAGCAACACCAGGAACGUUUGAUCCUUACUUGCCUCGAAGCUCUCCCUUAGGAUCCCCUUGGAUAUCAGAACCCAUCCAACCUCCAAUCCGGCAUCACCCUGAGCACGGUACAACGCUUGAAGAGCCAGGUCAAACGCUUAUCCAUCGUACUAGGGCCAUUGCAAUGCACGUGGAUCAGACAGACACGGGGCAUGACAAAUCAUCAGAGAGAAUUUCACACCGAUCUUCACCACGUGAAAGCCCAUUGGUUAGAGGUUCAGGAAAUGAGAGUACCAAUAAUGAAAGCCGUACAGAAAGUGGACCCGGUGUGUUGACUGUUUCCCGGGCAUCAACACCCUUCCGAGUUCCAGAACCAAGCUCCACGGGUAACUCGACUGGGUAUCACUCUGGAAACUGCGGAAUGGAUGGUCCAGCUAUCAAUACCCCUGAAAGAGCUUUUAUUGAUGAGGAAUUGGUUAAAAGAUGUCUUCAAGAAAAAUCUCAAGCACAGGCGGCGCGCUCUCGUCGCCCGUGGAGCAAAGAACAUCUCAACCGUUUACCAGGGUGGCUAAUGAACCGGAAAGCUCUUUCAGGUGAAAGACUUGAAGUUGAGUUUCUGAGAGACUUCGGACACCAUCGAACUUCCUCUGCUAUCAAUGCAGCUUGCCGCAAAAAAAAAAAGGCAGGUUCUCGCCAUAAAGAAGUAACCUCAGCCCCCACUCUACGUCAACUAGCUCCGGCUGUUCCUGCCGUUCUCGACAUUUCGCAGACAUCACGAUCACCCAACACCAUAAUUGGAUGCGACAAUUCCCACUUGGAUUUUCCUCGCAACAGCACUCCACCAUUUCAUGUCAGUGAAGAAGCUGUGGAUCACAAUCUACCAGCCGCUGCUGCCUCCGACUACGCUUCCGAGCAGACGGUGUUUGUAACACCUUCUGAGAAUGUCGAAGAUACCACCACGUUGGGCAAUCGGCGCCAUCGUGUUGGAAUCACGCCAAAACCUCCGGCCAGGUUCACAGCGAUUAAUGGAGAUAAUGUCCAUCGUACUGAAUCAAAUACAAGCAAAAUGUCUGCGCUUGUUCGAAUUGAGCGAGAUGCUCUACCAAGCGGGCAAGAAAUUCAGCAAACGUCAACGAAAAAGAUUGUCGAGCAGAGAAGAGAUGACCUCAAUGUGUCAGAGCAAGACGGGCCUCCGAGUGGAAGAGGGCGCCCCGAUCAGCUUACCCCUGAGCACGAACUGAAAGGUCCAAAUUACUCAGAAUUAUCCACCGGAACACGGGGAAGAGCUGGGAACCAGCGGUCACUCUCAAUUGGUAUUUCAGACGCCAAAAUUCCACAACUGGGCACGCGCACAGAUCUGCAGAACACUUCACAGUCUCAAGAGCAAGACGUCAAUAUGCCAACACCAAACAGCCCCCAGCCCACUUACAUACAAAACCGGAUCCAAAAUUGCCCGUACAACUCCCAACUUGAAACCUCCCGACCAUCCCAUUUCUGCAGGCCCAAUUCCCGAUCUGAGGUUUCUCAAACUAGCGGUGUACCAGGAAGCGCUCACACAGGUGGUUCGUUCACACCCUAUGCUAGUGUUCCCACGUAUUCUGACAUGAGGUCCGAAGCAGUUGUUCCAAUAUCAGUCUCAGCAUCCUUCCCGAGCAGCCCAACCGGUAUCCCUCACUAUCCCCUUCACGAGUUGCAGGGACGCGGUGCCAAACGGUACCAGGGCCCUCCGCUCCCAUCCUUGGCGCAACAAAUGUAUUACCAUCGGGCGGGUGAGCCUUUUCAUAGAUAG